UCAGCGACUCUAAGUUAUCUGUUCAAGUCAGCCUCGAUUCCACCGUCGGAUUAUUCAAGUCCAUCCUUUCCCAGCCGACUGAUAUCCCUGCUGAGGAGCAGAAAGUUAUCUAUAACGGCCGGAUCUUAAAGGAUGAUCAAACCCUAAAAAGCUGUGGUCUGGAGGCAGACCACACAGUUCAUCUUAUUCGAGGUUCUGCCGCAGCUGCUUCUGCUAGUGCAACCAAUGUUGUAAAUCCAAAUGCUAAUCAGGAUGCUCCCAGUGUUGCUGUUCCCACUACAGGGGGGCUGUUUCUCAGAGUUGGUGGAGGUCCACUCUUUUCUGGACUUGGAAGUAGAGGUGGUUCGUUUGGAGCUGGACUUCCAGAUUUUGAGCAGGUCCAGCAACAUGACUCCAAUAUGAUGAGAGAGAUAUUGAAUAUGCCUCUAGUUCAGGAUCUAGUGAAUGACCCAGAAAUCAUCUGCAACUUUGUCGUGAACAGUCUUCAAAUGCAAAAGUAUGUGAAUCUUAAUCCCGAGCUCCCACACAUAUUCAAUGACCCUGCUAUAUUUCUCCAGACAUGGGAGGCUGCACGUAAUGAACUCAUGCAUGAGACGAUAAGAACUAUUCAAUGGUCAUUGAGCCACACUGAAUCGUCUCCUGAAGAAUUUAACAUGCUAAGGCACAUGUAUGAGAAUGUCCAAGAGCCAUUUCUGAAUGCAACAAGCAUGGCUGGAGAUACAAGAAAUGAUUCAGGGACAAACCCAUUCGUGGCUCUUUUGGGAGCCCAGGAACAAGGCAGAAACCGAUCAACUAACCCUCCAGCUACUGGUUCUGACACAACUGCUAAUCCUCUUGCUCCAAACUCGAACCCACUUUCGGAUCCUUGGGCAUCAGCUGACUGUAAGUUUCUAGCAAGUUUGUGGAUCUAAUUCUAUUUGCUGCUAGACUUAACCUUGUUACUUCAUCUCCUAUGUUGUUCACCAGGGUCUUCUGCAUAUUAAAAGAAACUUUUUAUCUCUUUCCUAUUUCUCGUUCUGGAGAUGCUUUCAUGCAUCUUCACUGCUUGGGUGCCAUGAAGUCAUCAUACUCAUGCAAUUUGUGCUUAGACCUUGAACAUUUGAACACCUGUUCUCUGUAGCUACUUUUUUUCUUUGUUUUUCUCUGGUAAAAAUAUUUCAAAGUUUAGCAUAAUUUUGUCAGGAUAUUUCUUAAAAACAAUUUUAUACUUUUAACUAUAUCAGCUAAUGUCUUAUGUAUGUAGCAUUCAUUAUCUUGCUUCCCCCCUUCCCCCUUUUUCAACUACUUUUGAUAAGCGGGGUAUUGUCUUUUUUCUCUAUUUUGCAGUUGGAGGUGCCCAAAUGAAUACCGCUCCCAUAUCAAAUGCUUCUAGGAAUAUUUGGGGAUCCUCUCCUGGUGAUUUGGAUGACAUAGCAGAUUUGCAGCGAAUGCUAGGUGGCAUACCUGGCGCCUCUUUUGAAAAUCAGUUAAUAGGAUACCCAUCUCACAGAUAUUGCAGCACAUAAACCAGGUAUUUAUUUAUUUAAUUUGUACUAAAGCUUACAAACAGUCAUCAAGUUUAAGGUUUUAUUCUUUUUUCUCCUGGUUUUCUUUUUUUGUUGUUUGUGAUGGAGAAUUUCUUGUCAAGCUUCUCAUUUCUUGAGUAUCUUGGUGGUUAGAUAAUGGGGCUCGACCCCAACUCUCAUCCUGGGGAUAUGAUGCCAAAUCCUGAAUUAAUUCAUCAAUUGAUGUCCUCUGAGAGGAUGCAGGAAUAUCUUGUACAACAAGGGCUAUUUCCUCACUUUGAUCAGCCGCAAUCAAACCAGUAAGUCUGGACAUAUAUCUAU